UCUGAGGGAAUAUGGUGUGCUACUGACGCAUUGCACCUUUCAAUAGCGCAGUAGUCACAGUUCGAAAAAUCUUUGGAUGUUGGUUGGAUAAGUACGUGCUGUAGGCUCCGCAGUGUCUCGUAGUCGCAGGUAAUAACGCACGCAUCUACGCUGGAUAUCAAAAAGCCCCCGAGAAAAAAGAAUAAAGAUACCAACAGACAAGAUUUUCACGACAUAUACAAGAUGUGGUGGACUAUAACGGGGAACUUUGGGAACAUCCUACCUAUUGACUGGUCCAAAUCAUAUGCUAGAAAGCUGCAGCUGCCAGCUCUGAACUUGAAUGAACAGAAAAACUACCUGGAUGAGAUAGAUUUGGACCUGUCAGAUGAUGAAGAGUUGGCUAGAGAUCUGGAUAUGCAUUCCUUGAUACUCUCCAGUCUUCAGCAAGAACCUCUCUUCACAGCAGAAGAAGUUCUGGAGGAAAUAGAUGAGAUUAUGAAGCAAGAAGAACCUCUUUCUUCCGAGGAUGUUAGUCCUGAUCCGAGUCCAGAUAACAUCCCAAGAGCUGUGGACAAGACCAAAGCUAUCUUGUCUUCUCUAGUGUAUGGAGAGAAGUUGAAAACACUGAGCACGUCAGAAUUAAAUGAGUUGCUGGUCGAGUUAGAAGCUGUGGUUAAGGAGCAUUCAGAAACACUUAUUCAAGAAUUAGCCCUCAGGGAUGAGUUGGAGUUUGAGAAGGAGCUGAAAAAUAACUUCAUAUCACUGCUCUUAAGUAUUCAGAACAAGCGACGGCAGUAUAAUAUUGACAAGAAGAAAGGCCGUGCUGGAAUCAGUAGUGGGGCAGAGCCAAAAUAUUUGACAACAGUCAUUCCAUAUAAUGCAGAACAAGGUCCACCAAACAACAACACCCUUCAAGUCUUAAUUAAAAUCCUUCAAGCUAUUAAUGAAGACAGUCCCACAGUCCCAACCUUAUUGACUGACUAUAUUCUUAAAGUUUUGUGUCCCACAUGAAGCAGCUUAUGUCGGCCUUGGUAACAAACACUACAACCUUCCAUUGUUGAUCCUGCUUAGACUUACUGGCCUAUUCUCUAGGAAAAAUGGACAUUUUUAAAUGAAAAUUCUGUUUAGCUUAUCAGUACUGAAAAUACUCAUGUAGUGAUUGAUAUUUUUGGUUAACCAUGUGUUUUUAAUAGUUGGGUGAUCUGAUAUAGAUAAAUUAUUUGAAGCCACUGAACAAAAUUGUGUUGAUUCCUUUUCUACUAAAUCAGGACCCUGUAAAUACCCAUAAAGAAAGUUGGUGUUAACAGUUAUUCCUGGAAAAGUAUUCUACUAGUUUUUUUAGGUCACAAUUUGAUUCAUAUCACUUUUAAUGCUUUGUAAACAAUUGCACUUCAAAAUUUAUGAUAAAGCUUUUGUAUGAUUUAUGAAUGGAAAAUUAACUGUGGCUGUGGACUUUAUUAAUGUGCAAUGUGCUUUAAAGCUUUGAACAUUGUUGCAAUGAUCUCAAUUACUUUUUAAUUUAUAGAUAUUUAUAUAUAUAUAUAUUUACUUCUGUGCUCCAGAUAAACUUCUUUUGACUUUUUAUACCUACUUAAAUAGCAUUUUUGGAACCAUGUGAUUUCAUUGUAUUCUUAUUGAAAACUGAGUCAAUAAAAAUAAUUGUGAAUGUC